AUGUAUAGGCAGAUUAAAAUCCACGAUGAGGACUUGUCGUUCCAACGCAUCGUCUGGCGCGAGAAUGAGAAACAAAAGCUUCAAACUUAUGAACUCUCGACGUUAACAUAUGGGCUUUCUUGCGCCCCUUUUUUGGCAAUUCGUUGCAUUCAUGAACUCGCGAAUGAAAAUUCAUCUCGUCAACCACUUGGCGCGGCGACACUUUUGCGCGAUACGUAUGUCGAUGAUAUUCUCUCUGGAGCACACAAUGUCGAUGAGGUCCAAGAACUCAUAUUUCAAUUAAAUCGAGUGCUUAUGGCGGGUGGUUUUAACGCCCGUAAGUGGACUUCAAAUUAUUCGGAAGCCCUUACAUAUAUUUCUUCUGAACUUAUCGAAAAAAUGAACACUGUAGAUAUCGAUGACAAUCAUUCUCCUCGAGCCUUAGGACUUAUUUGGAACAAUGUAAAUGAUCAUUUUCUGUUAAGUUUAGAUAAUAUUCACGAAUCUUCGAUCAAAAUUACUAAACGUUCGGUACUUUCAUUCAUUGCAAGGUUAUUUGAUCCUCUCGGUUGGUUAUCUCCGCUGAUCAUUACUGCUAAAAUUAUUAUGCAGGACUUGUGGACGCGAAAACUCGAUUGGGACGAAUCGUUGCCUCAUGACUUGGAAAGAAAGUGGUUAUCAUUUAUUAACGAAUUUCGCGGCGUUCCCACCAUUCGGGUACCAAGGUGGCUCGGAAUAAAUAAAACGGCUACUUCUAUUGAAUUACACGGUUUCUCAGACGUGUCAAAUUCCCCGUACGGGGCCGUUAUAUAUUUACGCGUCAGUAAACUUGGGGAAGUUAAAGUUUCGAUAAUGAAUUCUAAAAGAAAAGUGGCCCCAUUAAAAAGUGUAACCAUUCCGCGGUUAGAGUUGUGCGCGGCGGUUCUUCUCGUGCGGUUGAUGAAGCGCAUUAUAAGUGUUUUGGAUAUUCAAAACAUUCCAGUUCAGCUUUGGAGCGACUCCACUGUGGCGCUUUCAUGGAUUUACAGUCACCCCAGCAAAUGGAAAGAUUAUGUUCGCAACAGAACCAUCGAAAUUCAAAAAUUAUCCCAAGCUCAGUGGUCGUACGUUUCGAGUCAGGACAACCCGGCGGUUUUAGCUUCACGAGGGGUUCACAUUCAUCAGCUUCAGAACGAAACUCUCUGGUGGUCAGGACCAUCUUGGCUUUCUUUACCGUCUUCCAAGUGGCCUUCUCAUCAACCUUCCACAACCUCCGAAGCUGACCGAGAGCGACGAUCCAAUCAAACCAUUCACACUGCUUCUCUGACCAACGGCUGGUACGGAUGA